AGCGGGAGCCUCAGCUUCCGAGAGCCCCGGGGUCUGGGACCCCUCCUCGCUCUCUUCCCCCCCAGCCCUUCCCUAGCUCGGGAGGUUCCUGAAAGACCAGCAAGGAUGGAUCUUCACAAGCCGAUGACUACUCGCCGCUACCAAAUGCUUCAUAAUGAAGAUGAUAAUUCAGAACCACCUGCCACUGAGCCACCAUCACCUUCAACACAGACAGCACGAACUUCUCCAUCUGAACUUGAGGUUUCUCCUCCACCUUAUAGUAGCAUUACUGUGGAAGCAGCUGCAACUUCAGAAGCAGAAACUCACAGCGAAUUUUAUCCUGUGCCACCUCCUUACAGUGUAGCUACUACUCUUCCUACAUAUGAUGAAGCUGAGAAGGCCAAAGCUGCUGCAAUGGCAGCUGCUGCAGCAGAACCAUCUCUGAGACACGGACAGUUUAGGGAAUCUAGGAGUCUAUUUGAUGAAAUAUUCCUGCACUCACCAGAGGAAGAAGAGUUUCCUCCAAGAGAUGACUUCAGUGAUGCAGAUCAGCUUAGAGUGGGUAAUGAUGGUAUCUUCAUGCUGGCAUUCUUCAUGGCAUUCAUUUUCAACUGGAUUGGAUUUUGUUUAUCCUUCUGUAUAACUAAUACCAUUGCUGGAAGGUAUGGCGCCAUCUGUGGAUUUGGCCUUUCAUUGAUCAAAUGGAUCCUCAUUGUUCGGUUUUCUGAUUUUUUUACUGGAUACGUCAAUGGACAAUACUGGCUUUGGUGGAUAUUUCUUGUCCUUGGUCUCCUCCUUUUCUUCAGAGGAUUUGUCAAUUAUCUUAAAGUCAGAAAUAUGUCUGAAAGUAUGGCAGCUGCUCAUAGAACAAGAUUUUUCUUCUUGUAUUAAUGACUUCAUCGACCAGACAUUCCUUUCCUAUACUAAUGUGAAAUUUCCAGAUGAUCUGUAAGCCUGCAACCUAACAGAAGACCAAUUAGUAAAGAAAAAAUUGAAUAACAGGGUGGUUUAUGUUUAAAUCCCAUUUUUGUUCAUUCUGUUAAAUAUUUGUUAUCUUUGUUUUUUGCACAUAUGCAUAUGUUUCAUUUAAAAGGAAAGAAUUUAAAUGAUAAAACAAUUCAUAUAAUUGAAUAGAGAUAAGGUGCAGUUAGAUUUGGUUAAUCAGUGUUCAAGUACCUGAAAGACUUGAGUGAUAAACUCUCUUAUAGUAUGUAUGUACCACUGAUAUGUUGAUCUGAAGUUUAGUUGCAUAAAAAAGUUAAAUUUACUAAACAGUUUAGUUUAGGCAGGUCAGACUCUUAAUUAGUUUCAUGGACAUUAGAUUCAUCUAGUGAUUAUACAUAUAAAAUAUCCUUUGGAUAAAGUUUGCCAGAAUUUGCGCUGCUGACUAAUAAGGAGUUGUCAAGUUUUGACCAAACUUCCACCAAAACUCUUUGCCUUUGUAAAUAACCAUGCAUUAAGUUCUUUUCAGAUUUAUUUCUUAUGGAUUGUAUCUAAAUCUUUUCUUAUUCAUUUUUAAAUGAUUUACAUUUAAUAAAUAUAAAUAUAUGUCAGUCUGUUGACAUACCUAUAGAUAUGAGUGUUGAUGACAUAGAUUGUUUUGGAACAAAAUUUUAGAGGAGGUAAGUGUACCAAAUGACUGAACAAAUUUUCUUUUGAGUUUCAAUGAUAAUAACUAAGGGAGGAACUUGGUGUGUAGUGUGAUCCAUAUUAUUUGAACAACAGUUUGUUUUGAAUAUUGACAUCACAUCUAUUUAUUAAAUUAAUGGUUUGAAAAUUAUUUUUGAAUUAUAUCAAUCUCAUUUUGAGGUAACCUUUAAAAAAAGAGCUGUGUUGAUAGAUGUAGAUGUCUUUUUAGCAAGUAAUAGACUUUUUUCUUUAGGUGUUUAUUUAAGCUCCACUAACAAAAAAAAGCCUGCACUAUAAAUAACUUCUUGCUCUAUAGUAAUGAUGUUAAGUUUUGAGAAAAUCAUCUCUUGCAUCUGGACAUAUAAAACUUAUGAGAAUUACCAAUGGACUUUGUGCCAUAUUUUUAAAAUACACCUUCUCAGCCAUUAUCAACAACUGGAAUCCAGGUUGCAGUCAUAAGUUAAUGUAUUUUUCACCUUUCAAAAACAUUUCUCAGUUUUUAUUUUUAAGUUAUACUUUUACUUUUUAAAUGUUGAAAAUGGUGAUAUCUGUGUCAAAUCCUCAAAAUUAACUUUAUAUCUCUAUGGGAUUUAAAAAUGGUAAAUAUUGAUCAUUUGAUUUAUUAUAUUCUGAAGCCUACUAAAAGUGAAUAAAACUUCAGAAAGACAGAUGCUGUCUAUUUUAUUAAAUACAAGUAAAUGUGUCUAGGAUCUUCUGAAUUUCAUCUAUAUUCAUUUUCCCCCAUUGUCUUUAUGAAUGGCAAAUAAAAAUGUGUAGUUUUGUUUUGCUAAUUGAGA